GCGAGCAUGGUGGGCGUGUCCAUAGGUCGCCUUUCCCUCUUAGCAGGUUCCACUGGUAGGUCCUGCCCAGGAUCUCCCGGGCUAGCCUCGCCUCACCUCGUUCUAGCUCAUCCCCACCCGCACUGAUUUCUACCCCGGGCACACACUCUGACUCCGACGUGGCCAGUAUCAAGGUUCACGAACCAUAGGUCCCGUUCCCGGGCAGGAUAAAAGUUCCCCAACUGUGGGUCUGGCGAGCUGGGCAGAAAGAACCCCAGAGGAGCGUCUGCCACAGAUAUCCCCUCCCCCUUUGAUGUGAGUCAUGGUGGCGCCUAUGAAAGGCCAAGUGUGUGUGGUAACUGGUGCCUCCAGAGGUAUUGGCCGUGGCAUUGCCUUACAGCUGUGCAAAGCAGGUGCUACAGUUUACAUCACCGGCCGCCAUCUGGACACCCUUAGAGCUACGGCCCAGGAGGCACAGUCCCUCGGGGGCCGGUGUGUGCCCGUGGUGUGUGAUUCAAGCCAGGAGAGUGAAGUGAAAAGCCUGUUCGAGCAAGUCGAUCGGGAACAGCAGGGGCGGCUAGAUGUGCUGGUCAAUAAUGCCUAUGCUGGUGUCCAGGCAAUCCUGAACGCCGGCAAUAAGUCAUUCUGGGAAGUACCUGCCUCCAUUUGGGAUGAUAUAAACAACGUUGGACUCAGAGGCCACUACUUGUGCUCUGUGUAUGGAGCACGGCUGAUGGUACCCGCUGGCAAAGGACUCAUCGUGGUUGUCUCCUCCCCUGGGGGGCUGCAGCACAUGUUCAAUGUCCCUUACGGUGUGGGCAAAGCAGCGUGUGACAAGCUGGCUGCUGACUGUGCCCACGAGCUACGGCGUCACGGAGUCAGCUACGUUUCUCUGUGGCCAGGGCUAGUGCAGACGGAGCUGGUGAAGGAGUUUAUAACAAAGGAGGAGGCUCCUGAGGAUUCUGCAUUUAAGAAGUUCAAACAAAAUUUCUCAUCGGCAGAAAGCCCAGAAAUGAGUGGCAAGUGUGUGGUGGCCUUGGCAACAGACCCCAAUAUCCUGAACUUGAGUGGGAAGGUGCUGCCGUCCUGUGACCUUGCUCGGCGCUAUGGCCUUCGGGAUAUAGAUGGCCGCCCUGUCCAAGACUAUUUUUCCUUGGGUUAUGCCCUCUCACAUGUCUCCGGCCUGGGAUGGCUGACCUCCUACCUGCCUGGCUUCCUCCGUGUGCCCAAGUGGAUUGUUGCCCUCUACACCAGCAAAUUCUAAGCUGGCCUGCUAGCCCUGCCCUCCCAGGUCCUCUUCUCACUGAGGCUCGGGUGGGUGGGGCUGUCUCAAGGGCACGAAGCCUUCUCACACACCCAUGACCUCUGUGAAGAGAAGGUGGCUGCUGAGCAUCUCGUGAGUUCUGGGGACUGGGAGGUCCUUUGUGCCUUGGUUUUCCCUGUCCCUGCAGCUUAAUACUUUGCUUCAGUAUUGAAAAGUGCUUAUAAAUAGAAGCAAAUAAAGGUCCUGUCUCCCCUUUAA